AUGCCUCCCGUCACUUCCUCUCCCGCAGCUCCAAGCGGCACCCCCAGUCCCUUGACGCAUACGCACAACUCCCGGCUGUUCCCUGUAGCCAUCGUCCUGGCUAUCAUCGCUGUGUAUGGCUGUAUCUCUGGGAUUCUCUUCGUUUAUUGCCACCGACCGGCCAUGUCUCGCACGCGCCGCAGGAGGUCGGCGACGAGCGGAUACAACUCCCGCGAACUUCUAGUCUCUGGAGAACAGCGCGAGACCUUGGAGGAGGACUACCUCAAAUCGUCCCCAGGACUUUAUAUGGCAAACCGCCUCGCAUCCGCCUCGUCGUGCAUCAUCGGUUCUCGCCAACACGUACCUGCGAUCGUCGUGUACCCGAGCGACGGCAGUCCCUCUUUCUCGCCAUCCGAGGACGACCUCAGCACGCGCCCCAGGCGCUUCGGCUCUCUCAAACGCGGCUUCAUCUUCCCUGCCCUCUCCGUUACGCCUCCCCCACCACCGCCUUCGCCGCGACCUUCGCUAGGACCAUGGUUUGGUGAUUGGGACGCGGACACGGACGAGCUCGCCUCGCCGCCAUCCCUCUCGUUUUCGUCCUCGGCCUCCCCCUCGUCUUCCAUCUCCUACAUGAGCACGCCCUCUGCGCCCGCGACACCCGCAACACCCGCACUGCUCCAAGUCCCCUCUCGAUCACCGGUGUGCGGCGUCUCGAAGUCCGAGGUCUCUGCCGGCCCUAUGCGGGCAAGCAUGUGGUUCAUCUCUCCUCAGAAGUUUUCCAGCAAGAUGAUACCCACCUCCAAGUCUGGCACGACUGGCCUGGGCCUCCUUGGGGCCGGUCUACCUUCGACGAUGACUGCUCAGCCUGCGAACCUGCUUUCACCCUCGUCCUCGUCAGAGGACGAACUGGCUACUCUCGCGGCUGUUCUGGACUCCAUUCGCCAAGCAAAUUCCGUCGCAGCUUUGCGCCCCGGAGAUUCCGCCGACUGUGUAGUCUGA